AACUCUACCAAUAGCAAUAAUAAAAUAAAAAAUGAAACAUUGUCACAUUUCUUGUUUCUCCAACCUCCAUUAUAAAUGAAAGCGACACUCUCACCCUCCUCUCUCACAUGCCUUCCCCAUCGCAAAGUCUCUUCUUUUCAGUCACCGUCGCUUCUCCUUCGUACCCUACGACCAUCCUCAGCUUCUAUGACGAUGACGGCGGCGCGUGGGAACGUAGCUGUGACGGCUUCUGCUACCUCCGUUGAGAAGUUGCGACAAGGAAUAGCGGAAUUCUACAACGAGACCUCCGGAUUGUGGGAGGAGAUAUGGGGAGAUCAUAUGCAUCAUGGGUUUUACGACCCUGAUUCCUCCGUUCAACUCUCUGAUUCCGGUCACCGGGAAGCUCAGAUCCGAAUGAUUGAAGAGUCUCUCCGUUUUGCCGGCGUUACGGAUGAAGAAGAGAAAAAGAUAAAGAGAGUAGUGGAUGUUGGGUGUGGGAUUGGAGGAAGCUCAAGGUAUCUUGCCUCUAAAUUUGGAGCAGAAUGUAUUGGCAUCACUCUCAGCCCCUUUCAGGCCAAGAGAGCCAAUGAUCUCGCCGCUGCUCAAUCGCUCUCUCAUAAGGUUUCCUUCCAAGUUGCAGAUGCGUUGGAGCAGCCAUUUGAAGAUGGGAGAUUUGAUCUGGUGUGGUCAAUGGAGAGCGGUGAGCAUAUGCCUGACAAGGCUAAGUUCGUGAAUGAAUUGGUACGUGUGGCAGCUCCAGGAGGAAAAAUAAUAAUAGUCACAUGGUGCCACAGAAAUCUAUCCGAAGGGGAAGAAGCUUUGCAGCCAUGGGAGCAAGACCUCUUGAACAAAAUCUGCAAGACAUUUUAUCUCCCGGCCUGGUGCUCUACUUCUGAUUAUGUCAAAUUGCUUCAAUCCCACUCUAUCCAGGAUAUUAAGUGUGCAGAUUGGUCAGAGAACGUAGCUCCUUUCUGGCCGGCGGUUAUCCAAACCGCGUUAACGUGGAAGGGCCUUGUGUCGCUGCUUCGUAGUGGUAUGAAGAGUAUAAAAGGAGCGUUGACAAUGCCGUUGAUGAUCAAAGGAUACAAGAAAGGUAUCAUUAAGUUUGGCAUUAUCACUUGCCAGAAGCCCCUCUAGAAUUAAGCUGAGCAAUACGUUGCCUACUGCUAUAGAAGGAGAUUGAAUAUAUAAGCGGCACAUGUGGAUGCAUAAGAUGCCUUAAGGACUAAAGUCACUGUUUAUUUUAGGUUCCGUUGUUUAUUUUAGAUAAGUAUAAUUUCACUCUUUUUUGUUGUUGGUAAAAUAGUAUAAUUUCACUCUUGUCUAAUGGCCCUAAACAAUAAUAUGAGUGAUUUUAAAAAAAGAAACUAAGAAA